AUGAUCCCCAUCACAGAGCUCCGGUACUUUGUUGACACCCAGCCGGCGUACCGCAUCCUGAAGCCAUGGUGGGACGUCUUCACAGACUACAUAUCCAUUGUCAUGCUCAUGAUCGCCGUGUUUGGGGGCACGCUGCAGGUCACCCAGGACAAGAUGAUCUGCCUGCCCUGCAAGUGGGUGGUCAACAAGUCUUGCGAGUACCUCAAUGUGAGCUUCCCAGACCCAUUUGCCCCUGAGCCCAAAGGCAUCCAAUAUGAACUCGACCGGCACCAGUACAACUACAUUGACGCGGUCUGCUACGAGAACAAGCUGCACUGGUUCGCCAAGUACUUCCCCUACCUGGUGCUACUGCACACCCUCAUCUUCCUGGCCUGCAGUAACUUCUGGUUCAAGUUCCCCCGGACUAGCUCCAAAUUGGAGCACUUUGUGUCCAUCCUGCUCAAGUGUUUUGACUCGCCCUGGACCACCAGGGCUCUGUCCGAGACGGUAGUGGAGGAGAGUGACCCCAAGCCCCUGGGGAAAAUGAACGGUUUGGUGGACAAGAAGGCAUCUUGUGUCAGCGAGGAUGUGGAGGCCAGCAUUCCCAUGCUCCAAAGGACUAAGUCCCGCAUCGAGCAGGGCAUCGUGGACCGCUCCGACACCGGCGUCCUGGACAAGAAGGAAGGCGAGCAGGCCAAAGCUCUGUUCGAGAAGGUGAAGAAGUUCCGGAUGCACGUCGAAGAAGGGGACAUCGUUUACCGGCUCUACAUCCGCCAGACCAUCAUCAAAGUCCUCAAGUUCAUCCUGAUUAUCUGCUACACGGCCUACUAUGUGCACUACAUCAAGUUCAGUGUGAUCUGCAUGGUGGACAUUGAGAAGCUGACAGGCUAUAGGAUGUACCACUGUGCUCACCCCCUUGCCACCCUCUUCAAGAUCCUGGCCUGUUUCUAUAUCAGCCUGGUGGGGAUUUACGGUCUCAUCUGCAUGUAUACCCUCUGCUGGAUGCUCAGCCGCUCCCUCAAGCGCUACUCUUUUGAGUCGAUCCGUGAGGAGAGCCACUACAGCGACAUACCCGAUGUGAAGAACGACUUUGCCUUCAUGCUGCACAUGAUCGACCAGUAUGACCCGCUCUACUCCAAGCGCUUUGCCGUUUUCCUAUCGGAGGUGAGUGAGAACAAACUGCGUCAGCUGAACCUCAACAAUGAGUGGACGCUGGACAAGCUGAGGCAACGCAUCACCAAGAACUCCCAGGAGAAACUGGAGCUGCACCUGUUCAUGCUUAUCGGAAUCCCUGACACAGUGUUUGACCUCAUAGAACUGGAGGUGCUCAAGCUGGAGCUCAUCCCCGAUGUCACCAUCCCCCCCAUCAUUGCCCAGCUGGUCAGCCUGAGAGAGAUGUGGCUCUACCACACACCGGCUAAAAUUGAGGCCCCAGCUUUGGCCUUCCUGAGGGAGAACCUCAAGUCCCUCCACAUCAAGUUCACAGACAUCAAGGAGAUCCCUCUGUGGAUCUACAGCCUGAAGAACCUGAGCGAGCUGCACCUCACAGGGAACCUGAGCGCAGAGAACAACCGCUUCAUCGUAAUCGACGGGCUACGGGAGCUCAAGAGGCUCAAAGUGCUCCGUCUGAAGAGCAACCUGACCAAGCUGCCUCAGGUGGUGACAGACGUCGGGGUCCACCUCCAAAAGCUGUCCAUCAACAACGAGGGCACCAAGCUGAUGGUGCUCAACAGCCUGAAGAAGAUGAUGAACCUGACAGAGCUGGAGCUGUUACGCUGCGACCUGGAACGAAUCCCGCACUCCAUCUUCAGCCUGCACAACCUGCAAGAGAUCGACCUGAAGGACAACAAUCUCAAGACCAUCGAGGAGAUCAUCAGCUUCCAGCACCUGCACCGGCUGGUAAGCCUGAAGCUAUGGUACAACCAGAUUGCCUACAUCCCAUCCAGAUCGGCACCUUGACGAACAUGGAGAGGCUCUACCUAAACCGCAACAAGAUCGAGAAGAUCCCGGGCCAGCUCUUCUACUGCCGCAAACUGCGCUUCCUGGACCUGAGUCACAACAACCUGACCAGUAUACAUGCCGACGUGGGCUUCCUCCAGAACCUGCAGUACUUUGCUGUGACGGCCAACAGGGUGAGUAGAGAUCUAGUAUUUGAGUGUCCCUGAGAAAAUGUUAGCUACACACUAGUGGAGGCUGCUGAGGGGAGGACGGCUCAUAAUAAUGGCUGGAACGGAGCAAAUGGAAUGGCAUCAAACACAUGGGGAACCAUGUUUGAUGUAUUUGAUACCAUUCCACCUAUUCCGCUCCAGCCAUUACCACAAGCCCAUUCUCCCCAAUUAAGGUGCCACCAGCCUCCUGUGAUACACACUCAGAACUAACACUAACACACUUUUUCUUCUUUCCUCUAUCUAGCUAUUUCAUGGUCAAAUGGUCACCAAACACUUGUUAAGGCCUUUAUCUGUGUGUCACAGGAAAAUGUUAGAAAUGUUUCUUGAAAAGCCCAACACCCUUUUUUCUUCCUCUUUCUUUCACAUGUAAGUGGGGUCAAAGGUCACACUGGGUAACAGGAAGGUAGGGGUUAGCAUUAUGAAGACAGUUAUGUGGGUAUGUUGGGGAUAAUGGCCCUAGGAUUGUUCCACCUCCAAAAAGAACAAGAAAGAGGAUUUUGAAACCCACCAUCUGAGAUUGUGCUGAAAUUGUUUCUGUAGUUAGAAACAGAUAAGAUCAGCAUUCCUGAAACAUUAUUUUGUUGAAAUAUAAUUUGAUCUCUGUGAAAUUAAGCUAAUUGAUUGCACCCAAAUUGCCCAUUUUUAUUUAUUGGAUUCAUAUAAUCGUCAAUAAAUAUAGUACCUAACAUCCGAUUUUGACCAUAAUUCUUCCUAACAAUGAGUGAGACAUGAGAAUAUAACAUGGUGAAAGCCACCCACGGUCAUCCUCACAAUUCAAGCCAGUCAUCCAUGAAAGCAAUUCAGUUUGUCCUUCUCUUAUCCUUAAUCUGUGUCCAGGAAACGGCCCCUCUGUGUGUGGUUUAUUCCCUUAAAAAAAAGGUCUGUAUUAGUUAGACCAUUUCUGGUGAACCCAGCAGUUCUAAUGACUUCAAUGUUAUGGUCUCUAAUAGGGAUGCACCGAUAUGACAUUUUUCGCCGAUACUGAUAUCCAAUAUUUUGUUUGCCAAAAAAAAACGAUACCGAUAACCGAUAUAAUUUUUUUUAGAGCCUUUGAAGCAUUCUAGUACAGUUAAAUAGUUGAAACAAAGUGUCAUAUGUUCAUUUGUUCAGUUAGGAACCAAUUUUGUAAUAACUUGUAAGUGAGAAAAAUGACAAAUCCAUUAAUGUAUUAAAUCGCACAACAGAUAUUCAUGACACUAAUAUUUUAGCUGCCCCCCCGCAUUACAAAGAUGGUUCAGUUGUUGGUGGCUCUUCUUACUAUCCAACCUUGACUUGAGCAAUACGGCUUUCCUCAGUACGAAAUCCUUGGCAAGUAGCUCAUGGAUGUACGUUUCAACAAUACUGUGUAACUCCGGUAGGGCAACAUCUGAAAAAUAGCACCUACUUGGUAGUGUGUACCGGUGCUCGACCAGUCGGCGAAAGCCAACAUCAUCCACGACAGAGAACGGUAGAAUGUCAAGGGCAAUGAAUUCCAUUAUCUUGGCGUUAAUAGAUUUCGCCUUUGAGUCUCACCGAAAUGUUCUUACUCUUUCAAAUGACUGCUGGACUUGAACUUAUUUAGUUGUUGGAAGUGUGAGAUUAGUUUUUUUCUGCUUUUGUUGUAAGUAGUCGCUGAACGUCUGGGGGUGAUGCACUUUCAAAUGAGUAAUUAGGUUUGUGGUAUUGAAAGAUGUCACUUCCUCCCCUCUUUGGGAAAUAAUAGCAGCACAAACGUUUUAUAAGGCCUUUUUGUUAUCUUCCUUUGAGACUUCAGAAUAGAUCCACACAGCAGACAUUGUGGGCUAGGUUAGGAAUGCUGUGUAGCGCUGUAUUUUUUGUGGCGUCAUUACGUCAUCUACCUAUGUUAUACAGGUAUACAAGUCAGCUUUGACAUCAGUUUUGCACAUCGGCGUUAAACUAUACAUAAAGCCGAUGCCGAUGUUGGCAUUUUUAGCUAAUAUCGGCCGAUUCCGAUAUGCUUACCGAUAUAUCGUGCAUCCCUAGUCUCUAAUGGUCUUCAAUGGUAAAUGCCCCAAACACACAGUGGCUGUGUCCGAAUACCCAUACUAGCGCACUAAAUAGUAUGCGAAAAAAUCAUGUUUUAUUGUAUGUGAAAUUUCAAAAAUAGUACUCCGAAUAUGUCAUCUAAUGCACGAUUGCGUUGACUCCUGCCAUUCGUUCAUUUUGGUACAGUGCAUCAAUUGAUCUGAUUUAUCAGCUGUUUGUAAAACACGUGAGUCGGAAAAGACGAGUGAAUUCUACUAGAUCAAACCCUGAAAUGAGUAUAUGCAGUUUAAGUAUGUAGUAUGCUACUAUGGGUAUUCUGACAUGGCCACAGUGUUUUUGUAAUGGUGUUGUGUUUAAUGGCAAAUGUCACUAAUCACACUACAUAUAGAGAUGUUUUUAAUGAUUUUAUUUAAAAACAUAUGACUGCCUUGCAGUGGCUUAUAAUUGUAUUAUUUUAUUAGGGUUGGCGCAACAGUUUAGUCACUAGCCCAUUCCUCCAUCAAAGUUUUAGGCUUGUAGGAAAAGUCUGUAUAUGGAAUUUGCACCAUAGGGAUAACCCUCUCAUAAAGCUGCCAUUUGUUAGACUAUUCAAGGAGAGUUGGAUUGAAGUAUUAGGUUGCUAGGAGGACAAACUGAAUUGCUUUCAUGGAAGACUGUCUUGACUUGUGAGAGUGAUGACACAAUUUAUUUUCAUCAUGAGCAAAAGCUAUUGGUUUUCUACCCAAGGUUGCAAACAUUUUUUGGGGAUGCAAUUAAAAACGCAAAAGAGACCCUCAAAAUUGAUAAAAGGGUGUGGCAGUAGCAGGAACAGUAGCAUCUACUGGGCAAAACCUGGUACUUUCACAGUAAUAUAUGGUAAAUAUUGCAAGUGACUUUAAUGGCCAAUUUUUCUGAAAGGGCGGAAAAACACCAGAUUCACAGGGAAUAUAUUACAUAGGAUGAAGAAACAAUACUCCAAGCCGCAGCUCCAUACUACUUGUCAGACAUAGAGACCUAAUGACCUUGUGUACAUGUAGAGUACACAUUGUAGAGUUGUGUAGUAGACUGGAAUGUCUACAUAGUCAGUGCCAUUGAGAUAAACUGGUCACUUGAAUAGUUCAAUAUUCUGAAAAGGUAACAGCCUACCCUGCUAAUAAUAUGUUUAAAAUUAGUUCAAAUAGGGGAAACUGACGGACCUACUACACACUGUUGGUUGACUGAGGCAAUGUGCCAGUGUUUUUAAAGUACACAGACGAGCAGUUAUAUUAUGCUAAUGAGUUUGUCACACUUCUGGCUGCAGAUCAAGAGGUCCCUGGGCUGAUUUUCACGGCAAACUGUUUGCAUUCUGUAUUAUUUUUUUGUUGUAAAUGUUUUAUUCGAACUAUUCCCCACCCUUUUAGAUGCAACUCAUCUUUGUUAAGCAGAUGGCUGGAAAAGGUUUAAUGUGUCCUGUACAGAAUACCUCAGGGAGAUGCUGUCUUACAAACAAUUCACAAAACUCCCGACUGAGUCUGAAAUAAUUAACAUGAUAUUUGACUUAUGUGAAUUGUUGUCUAACUGAGCGCUGACUUCUAGAGUUUUGAGAAUAAUGUAAGUGUAGGCUAACUCUUGUAAGUGUAAAGCUUGUAAGUGUAACACUUGUAAGUGAAAGUGUAACACUUACACUACCAUUCAAAUGUUUGGGGUCACUUAGAAAUGUCAUUUUUUUCGAAAGAAAAGCAAUAUUUUUUGUCCAUUGAAAUAACAUCAAAUUGAUCAGAAAUACAGUGUAGACAUUGUUAAUGUUGUAAAUGGCUAUUGUAGCUGGAAAUGGCUGAUUUUUAAUGGAAUAUCUACACAGGCGUACAGAGGCCCAUUAUCAGCAACCAUCAGUCCUGUGUUCCAGUGGCACUUUGUGUUUGCUAAUCCAAGUUUAUCAUUUUAAAAGCUGAAAACUGUUGUGCUGAUUAAAGAAGCAAUUAAACUGGCCUUCUUGAGACUAGUUGAGUAUCUGGAGCAUCAGCAAUUGUGGGUUCGAUUACAGGCUCAAAAUGGCCAGAAACAAAGAACUUUCUUCUGAAACUCGUCAGUCUAUUCUUGUUCUGAGAAAUGAAGGCUAUUCCAUGCGAGAAAUUGCCAAGAAACUGAAGAUCUCGUACAAUGCUGUGUACUACUCCCUUCACAGAACAGCGCAAACUGGCUCUAACCAGAAUAGAAAGAGGAGUGGGAGGCCCCGGUGCACAACUGAGCAAGAGGACAAAUACAUUAGUGUCUAGUUUGAGAAACAGACGCCUCACAGGUCCUCAACUGGCAGCUUCAUUAAAUUGUACCCGCAAAACACCAGUCUCAACGUCAACAGUGAAGAGGCGACUCCGGGAUGCUUACCUAGGCAGAGUGUGAAAGAAAAAGUCCAGUGUCUGUGUUCUUUUGCCCAUCUUAAUCUUUUAUUUUAAUUGGCCAGUCUGAGAUAUGGCUUUUUCUUUGCAACUCUGCCUAGGUCAGCAUCCCGGAGUCGCCUCUUCACUGUUGACGUUGAGACUGGUGUUUUGCGGGUACUAUUUCAUGAAGCUGCCAGUUGAGGACGUGUGAGGCGUCUGUUUCUCAAACUAGACACUCUAAUGUAUUUGUCCUCUUGCUCAGUUGUGCACCGGGGCCUCCCACUCCGCUUUCUAUUCUGGUUAGACACAGUUUGCGCUGUUCUGUGAAGGGAGUAGUACACAGCGUUGUAUGAGAUCUUCAGUUUCUUGGCAAUAUCUCGCAUGGAAUAGCGUUCAUUUCUCAGAACAAGAAUAGACUGACGAGUUUCAGAAGAAAGUUCUUUGUUUCUGGCCAUUUUGAGCCUGUAAUCGAACCCACAAUUGCUGAUGCUCCAGAUACUCAACUAGUCUCAAGAAGGCCAGUUUUAUUGCUUCUUUAAUCAGCACAACAGUUUUCAGCUGUGCUAACAUAAUUGCAAAAGGGUUUUCUAAUGAUCAAUUAGCCUUUUAAAAUGAUAAACUUGGAUUAGCAAACACAAUGUGCCAUUGGAACACAGGACUGAUGGUUGCUGAUAAUGAGCCUCUGUACGCCUAUGUAGAUAUUCCAUAAAAAAUUUGCAGUUUCCAGCUACAAUAGCCAUUUACAACAUUAACAAUGUCUACACUGUAUUUCUGAUCAAUUUGAUGUUCUUUUAAUGGACCAAAAAUGUGCUUUUCUUUAGAAAACAAGGACAUUUCUAAGUGACCCCAAACUUUUGAACGGUAGUGUAAGUGUAAUGUAUCAUGUAAAAUAUAAUAUAUGUAAUAUCAUAUGUAAAUGCUUUAUAGGAUAUCAUAUGUUUUAAUCAUGUAAAUGUGAAGUGACUCCGCUAUAGCAAUGACCAUUUGUGUUUUUGCAUUGGCCGAUUUGUGCAUUUUACAUGAACGACACUCUGACCAUUGUGACUUCCUGUACAUUCCUGACAGACAGGCUGACUUCAGUCUCCUUACAACUCAUUUGCCUGUGAUGUGGGCGGACAUUGUCUAAUGCUGACCCAGUUCAUUAACCUGUCGGGUUAAACACACCGUUCAUCCAAUAAAAAAUUUUAGGAAUCGAGUUUACAGUGCGAAAUAUAAGGGCUUGCAAGGAAUUCUGGGAGGUUAUACAACAUUUUCCCCAUUGUGUACUGGUGGGCAUCUGCUGUGUGUGGAAUCAGAUGGUUUGAGUAAACGAUACUAUUAUGUUUUUUUUACUGCACUCACUCACCCAUAUACGUAGUUCCAUGCUGAGAAUAGGCCACUAACAGGGUGGUAUGCUGCUUUAAAUAGCCCCGUUUACAAGGAACCCCUCUGGUGUGUUCUGUGUUUUUAUGCCCUUCUCCAGAGUCUUCUCUUUGCCAUUAGUACAUUAUCGACCCAAAUGAGAUGUGAAAUUUGUAAAACGUUAUUCCCAGGUGGGCCCGUAACGAGGACCCGACGCUCACCACUGGACGCCAAUGUUCUAAAGUGUUCUAGGUUUUUGUUUUUCUCUUGCAGAACAAUGCCUGGGUAGCUCCAGUCGCCUCUCACAUCUUCAGUGUUUGAAGCUAAGAAAAGCAUUUGUAAUUUGAUAAGGCUAUUGUAAGCUUGGUGAAUCAGUUUACUUUGAUCAUAUUUUGGCUUAAAUGAACAGCAUCUAUGUAAGAUGUACUCAUUGUGCUGUUGCUUCAACAGAUGACUGAACUAUUAAUAACAGGUGUUGGUGUGGCCAUUAUACAAAUGAUGUACAUGUAUGGUACUCUUAAGACUGUGACUGUAUGUCUGUACCUCUAUGGCUCGAUUGGCUCCCUGCUUUAGGGCAGAGUGUCUGGGUUUGUUUCUGAUUGGCUUAAAGUCCUAUGGGCUGGUAUGUGACUGUUUUUUGAUUGGGUAGCUACGGUAGGAACAGUAUGUACUGAACUCUCCUUUCUUCCCUCUUUUGCCAAGUCUUUUCUUGAGAACAUAGCUGUUCACUGGGGAGGAGUUCAACUUUAAGCACCUUUCACAGCCUAAAGCAAGAAACAGUAUGCCUGUUUAAACCAUACACCAUAGAAUGCAUAACCUAUGCACAAAUACAAUUAAAUUAUAUUUUAUGAAGUCAAAAACAGAGAAAAUAAACCUUUCUCCUAUUUCAACCCCUCCUUGUCCCUGUCAGAUCGAGUCGCUCCCACCGGAGCUGUUCCAGUGCAAGAAGCUGCGCACCCUGAACCUGGGCAACAACUGCCUGCAUACUCUACCGUCACGCUUUGGAGAGCUGACGGGCCUGACCCAGCUGGAGCUGCGGGGGAACCGUCUGGAGUGCCUGCCCGUGGAGCUGGGGGAGUGCAGGCAGCUGAAGAGGAGCGGCCUGGUGGUGGAGGAGGACCUGUUCAAGACACUGCCCACAGAGGUCAAAGAGCAGCUGUGGAGGGCCGACAAGGAGCCGGUCUGA